UAAGCGGAAGAUGAUUGAAAUAGCAGUUGCUUCCGUUGUUGGGGUUGCCAUGUUAAUGACUUUGCUUCUAUGUAUGUGGAGGAAUUUCUUAUACCAAAUAUCCAUGAGUUUUCUGAAAACUGAAGAUGAACAAAAUAUAGAAGUCUUUCUCAGAAACAAUGGAUCAUUCUCUCCAAAAAGGUAUACCUAUUUAGAAGUCAAAAGAAUUACUAAUUCAUUUCGAAAUAAACUGGGCCAAGGAGGCUAUGGUUUUGUCUACAAAGGAAAGCUGGCAAAUGGAACUUUUGUUGCAGUCAAGUUACUAAAGGAAUUAAACGGUAGUGGGGAAGAGUUUAUAAAUGAAGUAGCAAGCAUUAGCAGAACUUCUCAUGUUAAUAUUGUAACAUUGUUAGGAUUCUGUGUUGAGGGUGACAAAAGAGCUUUGCUUUAUGAAUUCAUGCCUAAUGGAUCGCUUGAAAGCUUCAUUUAUGAUGGAAAAUUGAGGAGUGAUCGUCAAUUAGAGUGGUUAACAUUGUAUAAAAUCACAAUUGGCAUUGCUAGGGGACUAGAAUACCUACACCGUGGAUGUAGGACAAAAAUUUUACACUUUGAUAUAAAGCCACAUAAUAUUCUUCUAGAUGAAGACUUUUGCCCAAAAAUCUCAGACUUCGGUCUUGCAAAACUACACACAACAAAGGAGAGUUUUGUGUCAAUAACUGGUGCACGGGGAACAAUUGGAUAUGUUCCUCCAGAAGUUGCGUGCAGAAACUUUGGAGCGGUUUCUCAUAAGGCUGAUGUGUAUAGUUAUGGGAUGAUGGUACUGGAGAUUGUCAGUGGUAGAAAGAAUGUUGAGCAUGAUGUGGAUCGCAAUAGUGAAAUCUAUUUUCCGCAUUGGAUUUAUCGCCAGAUUGAACUUGAUAAAGAGUUAGGAUUGAAAGGAAUUAUGAAUGAAUUAGAUAAGGAAUAUGCAAGAAAGAUGAUUAUGGUUGGUUUGUGGUGCAUUCAUGUUGAUCCUUCAAUUAGGCCAUCAAUAAGCAUGGUGUUGGAAAUGUUGGAAAGUAGUGUGGACCUUUUGCCAUUUCCUCCAAAACCUUACUUGUAUUCUUCCACGUCAACGGAAGCCAAUUCAUCUACUUUACAUUAACCUUAGCAUUUUCUUUAAUU